CUAGCUUUGAUGAGGUUGCUGACUGUUACCGCCAGUGCUGCACCUCACUGGAUCAGCUACGUAUUUUCUUUAAGGGCUUGAUUGGCUCCAAUGAAAGUUAAUUCACCCUUCUCGCCUUAUACCACGUGUGCUCUCGUGCGAAUUAAGACGGCGCUGGUCAAUAACUUGGAAACCUCGUCACAGGUUGUCCAUUGUUCAUGUUUCCACGAAUUGGCCAUUCCAGCCGCUUUGCCUGGAAUCCACUGGCUUUAGGGCCCUAUCGGCCAGCGAUCUCACAGUUCUCAAAGCCAUUUGCCCACCGCUUCCAUGCCCCCUCUGCUCUGCAUGCCCCGAAGAUUGCCCCAAGAUUGCGGCAGCGAUUCCGGAGUGCAACUCAAGUGGUGGGAAAACCACUCACACCAGCUCAACGACGUAUCCGUAACAUUGGUAUGGGUGCGUUGGGAAUUGCUACGGCAACGUAUGCUGUUGCAGUGGCAUGGGAUGCCGAUUACCCUCUUUCCAUGGCAGCCAUAGGAGCGUUUCGAACCACAACCACAUUUCUGACCGGGUCUCUUUGCAUGGCAGAUUACAAGCUCCUGCAUGCCCGGUACUACUUCACUGGUUAUGACUCGGAUGAGUACACGUCCGCCCGUAAGGUCGUCCAUGCCAGGUCAGCGCAGCGAUUGCUCUCGCUAUGUCGGCUGCAUGGAGGUAUCUACAUCAAGGCUGGACAGCAUAUUGCCUCAUUGAAUUUUGUUCUUCCCAAUGAAUAUACCGAAACGCUUUCUGUGCUCCAAGACCGUGCGCCGUUCCACCCCUACGACGAAGUUGAGAAAACAUUUUACGAUGAUUUCGGAAAGCGGAUCUCUGAGGUGUUCAGCAUGUUUGAAGAGCGGCCAUUAGCAGCCGCUAGCAUUGCUCAGGUACAUAGGGCGCAAAUCAAAGAAACCGGCGAACUGGUUGCGGUCAAGGUUCAGCAUGCUGACGUCUCAAGGCUAUUUGGUGUCGACAUGUGGACGAUGGAGUCCCUGACCAGCCUUGCUCACGAACUGUUUGGAAGUGACUUUGAGCUGACUUGGAUUGUUGGGGAAUUCAGGAAAAAUGUUGAAACCGAAUUUGAUUUUCAAAAUGAAGCCAAGAAUGCCCAGGAGACCAUGAAUCGAUUCCAACAUAGGAAAAAUGAGUUUCAUGUUCCAAAAAUAUACUGGAAUCUAACUAGAGAAAGGAUCUUGACAAUGGAAUACAUUGAUGGAGUCAAAGUCAACGAUGUAGAACGCUUGCGAGAGAUAGGCGUGGAUCCAAAAUGGGUGGGCCGCAUCCUACAAGAUGUAUUUGCUGAAAUGAUAUUCUGCCAUGGCAUUUUUCAUUGUGAUCCGCAUCCUGGUAAUAUGCUCGUCUACCGAGCUCCCGAUACAAACCAAGCAAAGCUGGUGCUGCUAGAUCAUGGACUAUACCGUAGCAUACCAAACAAUUAUCGCCUUGCUUAUUGUGAACUGUGGAGAGCUUUGCUAAGCGCUGAUUAUAACAUGUUGCAGCGAGCUGCAACCAACCUCAAUGUACCUCGUUUCGCAGACAUGAUGUCGAUUUUAUUCACUGGAAGGUUGAUCACGCCUACUUCUUCGUCUGCGACAACCACCACAUCGAACUUAUCAAAGGAACUCACCAAAGAAGAACGGCGAGCAGCACACAAGGAAUUGACGAAAGGGUACAAUGUCAACGACGUUUUUUAUUUCCUGGAAAAUGUACCGCGCGAACUACUACUCAUCUUCCGAGUGUCACAUAUGGUCAACAGUAUACACAGACAACUAGGUGCAUGGAAAGGAGAGCGGUUUGAAAUAUAUGCCAAAUACGCAACGCGAGGUUUCUGGUGUGAAACCCGGGACGAACUCCAUAUGCAAUCGACGAGACGAACAGGAUGGAAGAGUCGGUGGUACUUAUUUGGAGGCGCUCCCAAUUUGAAGAGGUCCCUCCAGUACUUGAGAGAAGUCAUCGGCAUGCGCAUUCGUCUCCUGAUCACUGAGACCGCGCUGUUAUUGAUAGAAUGGUGGCGUGGUGGAGAAUUAGAACUAGAUAUUGUAGAUAAAGCCGUCGAGGAUAAAUUACAGACGGCUCCUAAAUUCUAACUAUAGAACGUGUAGACGAUCAUUUGAUGGGAAACCGAUGCCAUUUAUUUUGUAAUUUCUGAUGGUUUUGUACGCACACUUUAUUUUUGUUACAAGUACUGAAUAAUACAUUAAUUUCUAAUGGGUUUUGAGUGACCGGAGUGUUGCGUCUCAGGCAGACCAUCAACGUAUGUUCUACUACGCGAACAUUGUUUCUCCCACGCCAUUUUAGCUUCUGUACAUUGAAGAAAAGCUAAAAUUCAAGAAA